AUGGAAUUCGAUCCGAAGACACACGAGGGCAAGAGCAUCAUUGAGAAGCUUGCUAAAUUGAAGUAUGAACUGCAGCACAACCGUCCUCUGACACCACUUGAGGACGAUGGCCACCCAGAUAUUGCCCCCUACAACAAGGAGCUAGAGCAACGAGGAAACCCAGUUUGGCACGAUGUGCCAUGGCUCUACUCCGAGUGUUACCUUUAUCGUCGCAUUGAGACCUUCUUCGCACUAUCUAAGCACUGGAAGGGAUAUGAUGUGUUUGCACGCCAAAAGAUGUCGACCUUCAAAUCAUCCCGCCCCGCAGUUCUAGAGCUUGCAGCUCGUUACCGCGAGCUCGCCAAAGAGGCAGGAAGUGGAAAGGGUGCAGAUGGAAAGAGCCCCGAGGAAGUCGAGCAAGCCGAGAAGCUACUUUUCUCGGAGAUGUGCGAAAUCUGCCUGUGGGGUAACGCUACAGAUUUAUCCCUCUUGACCUCCCUCACAUACGAAGACAUUCAGAAGUUGCAAGGCUCGGAAGCCCGUAAGGCUUCACAGAGCAACAUUAUUGUCAAUGAUCUCGAUGCUGCAUUCGCUGUUAUGCAGAAGGCCCGGAAGGACAAGAAGGAUGGUGAGCGCCGCGUGGAUAUCGUACUUGAUAAUUCUGGCUUCGAGUUGUUUGUCGAUCUCAUCUUGGCUGGAUAUCUGCUCUCUACCGGUCUGGCUACUACCAUCGUUCUUCACCCUAAGCGUUUGCCUUGGUUUGUGUCUGAUGUCACACCCAAGGACUUCUCCGACCUGCUUAACUGCAUGGUUGACCCACAAGCUUUCUACACUGCUCCCGAUGAUUCGGGCAAGACCUUCCCUCCUCUUUCCGACAGUGAAGUCUCUGAUGUCCAGUUCUUGUUUGAGCAAUGGAGCAACUUCCACCAAGAUGGCAGACUGAUUAUGCGCCCUCAUUCAUUCUGGACUACCCAAGGUUGUUACUGGCGUCUGCCACACCUGGCUCCGGAACUGUUCGAAGAUCUGAAGGAGAGCGAGCUUGUCUUGUUCAAGGGUGAUCUGAACUACCGUAAGCUGACCAACGAUGCUCAAUGGGACACCACCACCCCUUUCACAACAGCAAUCGGGCCCAUGGGUCCCAAAUCCGAUAUCCGCGUUCUUGCUUUCCGCACUUGUAAGGCUGACACAGUUGUCGGCCUUCAAGCCGGCGAAGAUGAGAGGCUCCGCCAGCUGCCAGGUGGAGGUGGUGACCAGGCUCGUAAAUGGGCAUGGAGUGGCAAGUGGGCCGUUGUGUCGUUCUCUGACGGCAAGGCCUAA